AUGGGACAAGUUCUAGAAAAAUUCCAAGGCAAGGAAUGGAAACAAAGACAAAUUCGAAAGAUAACAGACAAGGUUUUUGAUCGUUUCAAGAAUGAAACAGAAAGAGUUAAUUUGACAUUUGAAGAUCUAUACAUUGCCGUGCUACUUGUGUACAAUGAUAUCAACAAGCGUUUGCCUGGGCCUCAUUUUGAUCCACCCUCCAAGGAGCAAGUCAAAACCAUGAUAUCGGAUUGUGAUCUCAACCUUGAUGGAGAACUGGAUCGUGAAGAAUUUGUGAAGUUUAUUCAACAGUUAACAACCGAUACAUUCAUUCAUGUUAGUCAUGGAUUGAUUGUUACUUUGGCUGUAGCACCAACAGUUGCUCUACUCACAAAGAAGACGACAGAGGGUGUCCCAGGCGUUGGGAAGGUGGUGCAAAAGUUACCCAAUUCAGUUUAUGCAUCCCUUGUGACCCUUGCAAUUGUGCUGUUCCAGAAGUCAGGUAAGGGGAUUGAGUAG